CAUUCCCAUCAACACGAACAGGUGGACAGCCCAAUUCACAUGUACAAAAAUGUUAGCAGAGACGUGAGAACUGUGAAGAAACGCUAUUAAAAUAGUGACUUCCUAAACUCUCUCUCAUUUUCCACUGCCAUGGCACAUGUUCAAGGUUACAAGCCUCUAUACUCUGUCACUAUCGAGGACAUCGAGGCGCUAGGAAUCUCCUCUAUCACUGCUGCCCAACUCCACCGAAAGCUCACCGAAGUAGUUGCUGCUUACGGAAAUGACGCUACCAAGACAUGGCAGCACAUUUCCCAACAUAUUCUUACUCCUGACCUUCCCUUCACCUUCCAUCAGAUGCUAUACUAUGGCUGUUAUAUUCACUAUGGACCUGACCCUCCUGCUUGGUUGCCUGACUCGAAAGCUGCUAAGUUGACUAACAUAGGUAAGUUAUUGGAGCGGCGAGGAAAAGAUUUACUGGGCUCAAGUUAUAAGGAUCCUAUUUCAAGUUUCAGCGAUUUUCAAGAAUUUUCAGUCUCAAACUUGGAGGAUUACUGGAAGAUUGUAUUCGAGGAAAUGAAUAUUUCUUUCUCUGUUAGUCCUGAAUGUAUUUUGCGUGAAACUCCAUUGCACCCUGGUGGCCAGUGGCUUCCUGGAGCACGUUUAAAUCCUGCAAAUAAUUGCUUGAGGUUGAAUGCAAAGAGGAGUCUAAGUGACAUAGUUGUGAUAACUCGCGAUGAAGGAGAUGAUGAGGCACCUGUUACCAGAUUGACUCUUGAGGAACUAAGAUCAGCAGUAUGGAGAGUCGCAUAUGCUAUUGAUACACUGGGAUUGGAAAAAGGAUCUGCAAUUGCCAUAGAUAUGCCAAUGGAUGUCAAUUCCGUGGUGAUCUACUUGGCCAUCGUUAUAGCGGGUUAUACGGUUGUCUCAAUUGCCGACAGUUUUGCUCCAACUGAAAUUUCAACAAGGCUCAUGAUAUCAAAAGCAAAGGCUAUUUUCACUCAGGAUUUCAUUAGCCGUGGUGGCAAAAAACUACCAUUGUACAGCAAAGUGAUUGAUGCUCAAUCACCAAUGGCAAUUGUAAUUCCCAAUAAAAGCUUCACCUUUAGCAUAAAAUUGCGUGAUGGUGACAUUUCAUGGCAUGAAUUCCUAGAAAGAGUACACAAAUCUAACAGGGAGGUUGAGUAUAUUGGGGUGGAACUACCUGUUGAAGCAUUCACAAAUAUCCUUUUCUCUUCUGGCACGACAGGGGAACCAAAGGCGAUUCCAUGGACUACGACUACACCCAUUAAGGCAGCUGCUGAUGGAUGGUCCCACUUAAACAUUGGAAAAGGUGAUGUGGUGGCCUGGCCCACUAAUCUUGGAUGGAUGAUGGGCCCUUUCCUGAUUUACUGCACUCUUCUGAAUGGAGCAACCAUGGCCUUAUACAAUGGGUCCCCCCUUGGUUCUGGCUUUGCUAAGUUUGUGCAGGAUGCCAAAGUAACCAUGCUUGGCGUGGUCCCAAGUAUUGUGAGGACAUGGAAAUCCACAAAUUGCACUGCUGGUCAUGAUUGGUCAUCCAUCUGUCGCUUUGCCUCCACUGGUGAAGCAUCUGGUGUGGAUGAAUCCCUUUGGCUGAUGGGAAGAGCUCAUUACAAGCCUGUAAUAGAGAUCUGUGGUGGGACAGAAAUUGGUGGUGGAUUCAUUGCUGGUUCGUUGUUGCAACCACAGUCUUUAUCUGCUUUUAGCACACCAGCUAUGGGUUGUAGUCUAUUUAUUCUUGGCGAAGAUGGGUCCCCUAGACCAUCGGAUGUCCCCGGGGUUGGUGAAUUGUCCCUUGGUCCCCUUCUAUUUGGGGCAUCAAGCACAUUGCUGAAUGCUGACCACUAUGGUGUAUACUUCAAAGGAAUGCCUGUUUGGAAUGGAAAGGUUCUGAGAAGACAUGGAGAUGUAUUUGAGCGUACUUCUAGAGGUUAUUAUCGUGCACAUGGCCGUGCAGAUGACACCAUGAAUCUGGGGGGUGUGAAGGUAAGUUCAGUGGAGAUUGAGAAAGUUUGUAAUGCAGUUGAUGAAAGUAUCCUUGAGACAGCAGCUGUUGCAGUGCCACCUCCUGGAGGUGGCCCCGAUAAGUUAGUUAUCGCCGUUGUGUUUAAGGAUUCUGAGGGGUCAAAGGACAAUUUGAAUUCAUUGAAAGUUUCUUUCAAUUCAGCUUUGCAGAAGAAAUUGAAUCCUUUAUUCAAGGUUUCACAUAUAGUAGUCCUCCCUUCACUUCCAAGAACAGCAACAAAUAAAAUUAUGAGAAGAGUUUUGAGACAGCAAUAUUCUCAAAUUGGCUCUAAACUGUGAUCUAUUCAAAUAUUUAGGCCCUAUUCUUGGUGCAACUUGUAAUUAAAAAUUAUGAUUAGAACUACUGCUAUGAUAAUAAUGAAGUGUUUAAAGUUACCAGUUUCAAAAAAUAAUAAUGAAGUGUUUAUACAGUUAUUCACUGAUGGUGGAUUAUUCCAUCCGAUUUAGUAUGUGAUUGUGGCUAUAUCCAGUU